GUAUAAAGUUGCUCUCGCUCCAACAAGAUAAGAAGAAUGGGAAUUCUUGUGACGGAAAAAGUGAAGCUUAUUGUGGUGUUACUUGCUCUUCAGUUUUGCCUUGCAGGAUUUCAUAUCGUCUCUAGACUCGCACUGAACAUAGGCGUCAGCAAAGUUGUCUACCCUGUAUACAGAAACUUACUUGCCCUGCUUUUGUUGAGCCCACUUGCUUAUUUCUUGGAAAAGAGUCAAAGACCGCCUCUUACUUUAUCUUUACUGGCUCAAUUCUUCCUCUUGGCUUUAUUGGGGAUCACGGCAAACCAAGGUUUUUACCUGCUGGGAUUAUAUUAUGCAUCUCCAACACUUGCUUCUGCAAUGCAAAACUCAGUUCCUGCCAUCACUUUUGUGAUGGCAUCGGCUCUAAGACUUGAGGAUCUCAACGUGACAAGGAGAGAUGGAUUGGCAAAAGUUGUAGGAACAAUUGCGUGCGUAGGGGGUGCCACUAUAAUUACUCUUUACAAAGGCCGUCCUCUUCUGCACCUGCAGAUGCACCAAAUAGGAGUAGACCAGGCUUCAAAAAAUAUGCAAAACUGGACCUGGGGUUGCAUAUACUUGCUCGGAAAUUGCUCAUCGUGGGCUGCAUGGAUGGUUUUUCAGGCCCCUGUGUUGAAGAAGUAUCCGGCAAAACUAACACUCAUAUCAUUCACAUGCUUCUUUGGACUGAUACAAUUCUUGAUAAUAGCAGCCUCUGUGGAAACUGCUUGGGAGCAUUGGAAGAUACAGUCUGCAGAGGAGCUUUUCACUAUCCUAUAUGCUGCAGUUGUUAUAUCCGGCAUUGUAGUGUCUGUCCAGACAUGGUGUAUCCAAAAGAGUGGCCCAGUGUUUGUGGCAGUUUUCCAGCCCCUACAAACCUUUCUAGUUGCUGUCAUGGCAGCCCUUGUUUUUGGAGAUCAGUUAUACUCUGGAGGGGUUGUGGGUGUAAUUCUUAUAGUGCUCGGUCUCUACUUCGUGCUAUGGGGAAAAACCAACGAGAAGAGAUUGGCAAACUCAGAGGAAACAUCAUUAACAAAGCCUUUGCUUAAUGGUGAAAGCGGCGUAGUUCCUGAAGACAUACCUUGACACAUCUAUAUGUUGACAGCUUGAUACUGCAGAGGUCUGCUAAGGAUCUGCUAGCAGCAUCUCAACUUGUAAAACAGAGUGACUCAUCUAUUAAUUUAUUUGAGGAAGUUAUUAGGGUCCAAGGCUCUUGCUAAGCUGGCUUACAAGGAACAAGGCCUGCUCAUGCAUUACAAGUUGAUCACAAGCUCCAGUUUGGUCGGUUGGAUUUGGAAUCACGGAAUCAAGAGUCCAUGUGCUCUGCGUUACGCAGACAUGUACAUCUGGAAUUUGCUGCUUCAAUGAUAUCUAUAUUGUAAUCACCACUUGUGCGUUUGAUCAUCCUGCAGUAAUUUUUAACCAUGUGUUAAUUAAUUCAUGAACAGCAUCAAUAC